GGAGCAGUGUACGACUUCUGGUGCGGAUUUUUUCUUUGCUGCGUGUUAACGACAGGCGGGUCAACGCUUUGUUAUCUCUUCUCUGAGCAGUUCGGUCGAGAAUAUGUUAUGUAUUAUUUUGGGCAAAAGCUCACCUAUUUGCAGCAGAAAAUCGACGACAAUUCAAAUCGAUUACUGCCUUUUCUUCUGUUUGCUCGGAUUUUCCCAAUUUCACCGUCAUGGUUGCUGAACAUAGUUGCGCCAUUCCUCAAUAUUCCGUUGAAAAUCUUCGUCAUUUCAGCUUUCAUAGGUUUAGCUCCAUACAACUUCAUAUGUGUACAAGCAGGUUAUAUACUUUCCGAGCUGCGAUCAUGGGAUGACAUAUUCAGUACGUCAACCAUGCUGAAGCUGUUCUCCAUUGCUCUUCUGCCGUUAGCUUAUGCUAUAUAUGUUCGACCCCAAGCGCAGAAACAUCAGCUCAUUGCGACUUGUCCGGAACCAGAACCGCGAAAAAUGGAAAUCGUCUAG